CCGACGGAGCCCCGUCGUCUUCGUCACUCCCGCCGGUUCUUAAAAGGUGGACGGGGCCAAAACCGAACUCUCCCGGGCGCCGUCCGACAGGCGAGGGCGGCGAGCGCUGCGCGAUCAUCGGCCGACUGCUGGGUGGGAGUGCGAUGCGGAUUGGAGGAUGUCGGGGGACUGGGAUGAAGACCUGUGUAAGAAGGCGCUGGUGCUGGUGGAGGAGCUGUGCUUCAACUCGCCGCGGGGUUACAGCCAGAGCGAGCGCUGCCAGGAGUUCAGCUACCUGGUGAGGGGAGGCAAAAGACCGAUGGACACAGAGAUCUCUGUCAGCCUGCUGUCGGUCAUCGUCACGUUCUGCGGCAUCGUCCUCCUCUCCGUCUCGCUCUUCGUCUCCUGGAAGCUCUGCUGGCUGCCGUGGCGGGACAAGGAGGGCGGCGGCCUGAGCCUGACGUCGGGCCUGCUGCCGGGCAGCGCCGGCAUCGGGAGCCUGGGGGGCGCCGCCGGCUCCUCGCUCCUGCCCCCCCUGCUGCAGAGGAAGGAGGGCCACUCCUCCUCCUCGCUCUACCCCUCCCUGGGCCAGCAGGGCCAGCACCACCCCCACUUCUCGGACCUGGUGGGGCUGGAGCGGGGCGAGGUGGGAGGGGUGGUCGGGGGGCCGCACGAGACCCAGGAGCACUCCUACCUGGACAUGGACUCGUACCCCAACAACGCCGGAACGCUGAAGCUGAGUCAGACGUCUCCGGACGUCCCCAACUCGGAGGGCGGCGCUCAUCCCCAGAAAGACCUGCCCAACGCUCACUCCCAGCAGCAGGUCACCCCGCGGCCCAAGCCCAUGACUCACCAGCUCUCCAGCCCCGACUUCCACGGCGAGGAGAAGGAGCAGGUGACCAGCAUCGGGCAGAUCAAGCCGGAGCUGUACCGACCCAAAGGCGACCAGGGCGAGGGCAAGCAGGGCGACACCUGCGGCAAGAUCAGCUUCCUCCUGCGCUACGCCUUCAACACGGAGCAGCUGGUGGUGAAGAUCCUGAAAGCCCUGGACCUGCCGGCGAAGGACGCCAACGGCUUCUCCGACCCGUACGUGAAGAUCUACCUACUGCCAGACAGGAAGAAGAAGUUCCAGACGAAGGUCCACAGAAAGACCCUGAACCCGGUUUUCAACGAGACCUUCCAGUUCGGCGUGCCGCUCAACGAGCUACAUUCCAGGAAGCUGCAUUUCUCCGUGUACGACUUCGACCGCUUCUCCAGACACGACCUGAUCGGCCAGGUGGUGGUGGACAACCUGCUGGACUUCAGCGAGGGCAGCGGGGACAAGCCGGUGUGGAGGGACAUCGUGGAGGGCACGGCGGAGAAGGCCGAUCUCGGGGAGCUUAAUUUCUCGCUGUGUUACCUGCCCACCGCCGGCAGGCUCACCGCGACAAUCAUCAAGGCCACCAACCUCAAAGCCAUGGACCUGACUGGUUUCUCAGACCCCUACGUAAAGGCCUCUCUGGUAUGUGACGGCCGGCGGCUAAAAAAGCGGAAGACCUCCAUCAAGAAGAACACGCUGAACCCCACGUACAACGAGGCGCUGGUGUUUGACAUUCCUAAUGAGAAUAUAGAGAGUGUGUCCAUCGUCAUCGCCGUGAUGGACUAUGACUGCAUCGGUCAUAACGAGGUUAUAGGGAUGUGCCGUGUGGGCAGCGAGGCCGACGGUCCGGGGAGGGAGCACUGGGCCGCCAUGCUGGCCAAUCCACGCAAACCAAUAGAGCACUGGCAUCAGCUUGUGGAGGAAAAAGCAAUUGGUACAUUUGUGUCGAAGCCUGCUCCGGCCUCCUCCCCCAAGCCGCACAUCGUGGUGGACAGUCCCCAUUCCGAUUAAAACGGUCAUCGUCAUCUCUGCAGCUCCAGACUUUCCUUUCUUUCCUCCUCAUCUGUGAAUAAUUCUUCUCCAUUCCAAGAGCGAGAGACGCCGAGACACUGCUCGUGUCCAACUGCUCGUGCCGUUUUUGCUCCUGCUAACGAACCGUCCGACUCCUGCGCCGUAUCCACCGAGCCGGGAGCGAGGAUUACAAAAAAAAAAAAAAAAACCACACACACAAACUAACAGACAAAAACAACUACAUCCAUCACAUGCUACACUUUGAGCAUCAGACUACACAUUUACAGACGCCGAACGGUUCCACGGGACUGACAUCAGGUGUACAUUUGGGACAAAGCAAGAAAAAUGAACACACAUCUCACACUAACACACACACACACACACACACACACACACACACACACACACACACACACACACACACACAGAAAUACACAAAUACUGAGUUUGUAGUAUGUGCGUAGUUCAUGUGUGCUUCGGAAUAGUGUAGUAUCUCAUCUAGAAGGAGUGUGACGUGACAAACUUUUCUCUUGAAAACAAAACAAAAAAGAAAAAAAACAAAAAAAGAAAAAAGCAAGCCAUCGUGGAAUGGUCAUCUCAACCAGGACCAAAGGUUCGUGCCCUUGUACAGACUCUAGAUGAAGAAAGUCC